GGCGGACGUGCCGGCGGCGCCGUCGUCGGGCAUGUACUGGAGCCGGUGCGCGACGUCCGGGGCGCCGCACACGGCGCUGCGCGCGCACACGGCCACGCCCGUCGGGUCGAAUGUCUUUGUCUUUGGCGGCUGCGACGCCCGCGCCUGCUUCAACGAGCUCUACGUCCUCGACGCCGACGCCUUCUACUGGUCCGCCCCGCACGUCGUCGGUGAUGUCCCCGUGCCCCUGCGCGCUAUGACGGCGACUGCGGUUGGGAAGAAGCUGGUUGUUUUUGGCGGCGGUGAUGGGCCUGCGUACUACAACGAUGUGUAUGUGCUGGAUACCGUCAACCUCCGCUGGUCGCGCCCGCGCAUCCUUGGUGACAAGGUGCCGUCCAAGCGUCGCGCGCACACGGCGUGUCUGUAUAAAAACGGCAUUUAUGUGUUCGGGGGCGGGGACGGCGUGCGGGCGCUCAAUGAUAUCUGGCGGCUGGACGUCAGCGACAUCAACAAGAUGUCAUGGAAGCUCAUAUCGGCGCCGUCCUCGGCCGACGGGCGGUCACCCGUCACGGGAAAGGAUCUCCGGCCCAAGGCGCGGGGCUAUCACACGGCCAACAUGGUGGGCAGCAAGCUGAUCAUCUACGGCGGCUCCGACGGCGGGGAGUGCUUCAACGACGUGUGGGUCUACGACGUCGAGACGCACGCCUGGAAAUCGGUCAACGUGCCCGUCACCCACCGGCGGCUGUCGCACACGGCGACCAUCGUCGGCUCCUACCUCUUCGUCAUCGGCGGCCACGACGGCAACGAGUACUCCAACGACGUCCUGCUGCUCAACUUGGUCACCAUGACCUGGGACAGGCGGAAGGUCUACGGCCUGCCCCCCAGCGGCCGCGGCUACCACGGCACUGUGCUGCACGACAGCCGGCUGCUGAUGAUUGGCGGCUUCGACGGCAGCGAGGUGUUUGGCGAUGUGUGGUCCCUCGAGCUGGCUGUGCACGCCUAUUAUUCGCAGAUCAGCCAUUUUACCAUCGAGGUGUGAAUCUAGUUCCAUCUAUUCUAGCCAUGCUCAUACGCGCGAUCUGCCGUUUGACAUUGUUUCAAAGGAACCGGGUAUUUUUUUCAGGAAAUUGGAUAUUGGAGUGGUGUUGGGCGGAGGGAGGCUGGCAUUGACUGAUACAAGCGAGGCACGGCGUCGCGCGGCUUGGGUUGGAUGUAAAAUGAGAGCGGAGCGGACUGAUAUCAAGAUGGCUUUUCCCGUACAGUUGCUAUGUCACAAGCGAUCUAUGAAUCACGACAGUCUUAAGAUGAACA